AUGGAUAUCCCUAUUCAGUACCCCUGGUACCGCCGGGCCUUUCCAUACCGACGUGCUGACAUGUCCUUGGGCGACUCUCUUACUGACUGGCCCCUUGUCUGGCCUUUCCCUUGGUCCUUUGCUUGGAUGCGCCCAAGUCUCUUGCGUUGGUUAAACUGGCCUGAAAACGGACACAGUGAGAUGCACGUAGAAAAGGAUCGCUAUGUUAUUUAUCUGGACGUGAAGCAUUUCUCCCCAGAUGAGCUGAGCGUCAACGUCGGCGACGAGUACAUCACAAUACACGCCAAGCACGAAGAUAGACAGGACGACCACGGCUACGUGUCGAGAGAGUUCCUGCGGAAGUACAAGCUUCCCGCCGGAGUGUCGUGCGCGGAUAUCACCUCCAGCUUGUCGUUUGACGGCGUGCUGACAAUCACUGCGCCGAGGUCUUCACCCGGCCCUGAGCGCAACAUCCCAAUAUCCUGUGAGGAUGGAACAGCCAAGCAGAAAAUGUAG